AUGUCAGAUAAGGUCGACGACACUCUCUUCGCUCACCCGGAUGUUAUGGAGCGCCCCUUUGCCACUUUACAGCUCGACGAGACUCACGGAUCCAGCCUCGCGCAGUUAUGGUUCAUCGACCGAAUCAUGCAUCACGGACGACUUUGGUGUGGAACAUACACUCCACGGGAUCACCAGAUCUAUCACCGCUCGCCUGGCAGCUUACAAGCGGACUCCACCUUGGAAGAAGAUUUGGAGGCACACCAAAAGAUCCUAGAAGCGAACAACCUGCCCGAAAAACUGAUCAUCCGGAAACAACUCUCGCGCAUGAUGUUCACUAUGAUGAUCGAACGCAUUUUCGCUGGCAAGCCCGGAUUAUCGAAACACCGCCACACCAUGGUGGCUUAUGCUUCCACUACAGCCUUAGACUUGUGGUCAGACCGUAAAGAGAGGAUACGACAAAAGACUCUCAUGUCCACCUUCGACGUAGACGGACCAUGCCUGGUGGCAACGCCAUACAAUUCAGAAUGGGAAAUACUGCCGCAUCCAAGGCUCCGUAGCGCGAGUGUAUGCUGGGUCGUUGAACUAAAAGAGAGCAGUGGCGGUGCCACACGGACACAUAUCAAGAAGGAAGACGACUCCACAGAUUUGAAUCCUGGUCUUGCAAGCGGAUCAGAGGUCGGAGAGAAGGAGAAGGCAAAGGAAGUAACAUCUGAUAACUCACAGGAAGCAAAGCCUUCCUCAGGCGUUGAGUAUCACACCCCCAAGAAUCGUUUGGGACAGCGGGAUCUUGACUUACGAGUAUUGGCAAAGGUGAAAGGGUUAUGGCAGAUUAUGGAUGUUCCUUCUCAGAUGUACCUGUUUACCCCCGACAAGCCCCCGAAGCCGCCCUCGCCUCUGCGCAUCGCCAGCCAGCUCACGACCGCCUCGGCCAUCCUCUGGGACCCCAAGUUCACCUCGCGAGCGCCCCCGGGCAGUCUCCAGCCCGUCCACGCCGGCACGCUUGUCGCCCCGCACCGCACCGACUCGUCCAUCAGCGUCCGCAACCUCGGCGACGGCUACACCCAGCCCAUCGUGCCUACCAUGGACAACCGCCGACACCCCAGCUCCUUCCAGCAGCUCGAGAAGCUCGGCGAGGGCACCUAUGCCACGGUCUUCAAGGGCAGAAACCGCCAGACGGGCGAACUCGUAGCCCUCAAGGAGAUUCACCUCGACUCGGAGGAAGGCACGCCCUCGACGGCUAUCCGCGAGAUUUCCCUCAUGAAGGAACUACGCCACGAGAACAUCGUCCUGCUGCACGACGUCAUACAUACCGAGAACAAGCUCAUGCUCGUCUUUGAGUUCAUGGACAAGGACCUCAAGCGAUACAUGGACUCGCGCGGCGACCGCGGUGCUCUGGACCCCGCCACCAUCAAGUCCUUCAUGUACCAGCUGCUCAAGGGAAUCGCCUUCUGCCACGAAGCCCGCGUCCUGCACCGCGACCUGAAGCCCCAGAACCUUCUGAUCAACAACCGUGGCCAGUUGAAGCUGGCCGAUUUCGGUCUCGCUCGCGCCUUCGGCAUCCCAGUCAACACCUUCUCCAACGAAGUCGUAACCCUGUGGUACCGCGCCCCCGAUGUGCUGCUCGGCAGCCGGACCUACAACACCAGCAUCGAUAUAUGGUCAGCAGGCUGCAUCAUGGCCGAGAUGUACACGGGGCGGCCGCUGUUCCCUGGAACCACCAACGAAGACCAAGUCCAGAAGAUCUUCAGGCUGAUGGGCACACCGUCUGAACGAUCAUGGCCCGGCAUCUCGCAGCUGCCAGAGUACAAGAACAACUUCCCCGUAUACCACACCCAGGACCUGCGCCUUAUAUUGCCGCAAGUCGACCAGGUGGGGCUUAGUCUACUCAAUUGCAUGCUGCAGCUGCGGCCGGAGAUGCGCAUUAGUGCUGCGAACGCUCUUUCACAUCCGUGGUUUAAUGACCUGCCUCAGCGGCAGCAGGAGAUGCAGAUGCAGGCUCAAGCACAGGCACACGCGCAGGCCCAACAAGCGCAGAUGGGCGGCUACCAGGUGCCUCAAAACGCAUACUAG